AUGGCGGAUCCGAACCAACACUCUGAAACCCCUACGCAAGAACAGGAUGCCGAGGCCAAAGCGAACAUCAAGGAGCUCAGAGAGAUCAGCCGACUAGAGCUUGAGAAGAAGGAGUUGGACGAUGAACUUGAGAAGCUGAAAGUGAGAGCGGCGAGCCUGGCGGCUGCUAGCAUGAUCGCUGCCAGAGCGUAUCGGCAAAAUGGGAAGAACGAGCAGGCCAAUGCGUUCGAGGCACUGGCGAAGAGACUGCUCGCCGAGCCGUUAGUGGCAGAUUGGGGUGCUGCAUUGUGGGAGGGGCUGGUGGUGCAUCUACUGACGUUGCCGGUUGAGGAGUGUAAGGCGCGGUUUGAGGUACCAGGGGGUAUCGAUGCUGAGGAGUUCUGGAAGGCCGCGGAGGCGUUGGCGGAGGAGACUGUAGGAAUGAGCUCCCGGACAUCCGUGGAGUUGUGGUUUAUGGAGGGUUUCGAGUAG